UGAGCAGAUGUUCCGCACAAGGACACGGAACGAACGGAAACAGCAAUUGCGGUAUGUUGGGGAGUUUCAGACAAGGGAGUGGGCGGGGUAGACGAGUUUCCGGAAGAAAAUCUCACAGCAUAGGAAGCAUGGGGAACAUAGGGAUUGGAGUCGAUGUCGGUGGUAUGAACGGAUUCGGAAUGGGGGUAGGGAUGAUCGGCGACAUGACGGUUGGAAGCGUGCAGCAGACAUCGUCAAUGCACGGCAAUCGCGAAAAUUAUUUCAAAACCGAAGAGCGUUUGCACAACCACGAGGGCCACCUACAGGCAUAA